AUGGCCGAGCCGGGGCUGGCGACCCGCUUCCAGCACCGCUUCCUGGCCGCCCGGCAGCUCCGCUCCUUCCCCUGGCCGGAACUUGAACAAAACCUACGGACUUCGCCGGAUUCCCCCCUGCUCCUGGAUAUUCUCCGCAAGACCAUUCUCCACCCCCUCUGUGUAAAAUAUCCGCCUCCCACCAAGUACAGAAGAUGCUUUUUAACUGAACUCAUCAAAAAGCACGAAUCCACAGGAGCUGAACCCCUGGACGAGCUGUACGACGCGCUGGCAGAUAUUUUAAACGAAGAAGAAUCUACUUGCUGUUACAAAAACUACUUACUGCCCGCGGGAGAACCCGUCACCCUUUCCGAGAGCCCGGCGAUUAUCACAGGAGGAACCACGGGGCUCGUCACCUGGGACGCUGCGCUGCAGCUCGCCGAGUGGGCAACGCAGAACUCCGCCGUGUUCCGUGACAGGACAGUCUUGGAGCUAGGAAGUGGCAUCGGCUUCACUGGAAUCGCGAUCUGUAAGACCUGCAGCCCCAAGGCGUAUAUAUUUAGCGACUGCCACCCCUGCGUUCUCCAACAGCUGACGGAAAACAUCCGCUUGAAUGGCUUUGCCGUGGAGCCCAAAACUGCUCAUCGCCUCCAAACGGAGCCCCCAGGCCGGGAGGCAGAUGCGCCCAAUUACCAAAACCCCAAACUAAUUGUUGCAGAGCUUGACUGGGGCUCAGUUACAGAAAAACAACUCUCGGAUCUUCGACCUGACGUCAUCAUUGCAGCAGAUGUGGUAUACGACCCAGAGAUAAUUUUAGCCCUUAUUGGUAUGCUACAAAAACUCUCCGCUUUCAGAGCGGACAGAAAACCUCCCGAGGUCUACAUUGCUUCCACCAUUCGUAACCCGGACACGUAUCACCUGUUCCAGGCAGAACUCGAUAAAGCUGGGAUCGGAUGGCAGAAUAUUCCAGCCCAGAGCAACAGUAUUUUUCUCUAUGAUGCACAGCCAAACAUAACUAUUCUACAGCUAUUUAUAUAG